AUGGAUUCUAAUACAAACGAGCCUCUCGAGAAAUCCGAGAAUCUGAUGGAUAUUAAUAGUACCACAGAUGUUAAUAGCGAUCGCACUAGGCCUCCCGCGCCUCAAGAAGAUGUGCCUGACACUCCUGAUAUGAGUAAAGGCAAACUUACUAUUAUGCUGGCUACACUGUGUCUCUCGGUCUUUCUCGCAGCCAUCGACGCGGUUCUUAUAACUCCGGCGUUGCCUACAAUUGUGAAAGAUAUAGGCGCGUCAGACUCAGGUUACUCCUGGAUUGGAUCUUCCUAUCUUCUUGCCUGGCAGCUUCAUCGCCAGUCUGGAGUAAAUCUGAUCGCCGCAUUAUCGCACAGUGUAGGCAUGCUCAUAGCUGCACGUGCUGUGCAGGGGCUCGGUGGAGGUGGCAUCAUAACUCUUGUUGAGAUUUCUGUAGGAGAUAUGUUCAGUCAAAGACAACGAGGACUUUUCUAUGGUAUAUAUGGAGCUGUUUGGGCAUUUGAAACUGCAAUUGGACCUAUCAUUGGUGGCGCAUUUACCGAAUAUGUAUCGUGGAGAUGGUGCUUUUGUUUCAAUUUGUCAUUUGAUGGACUAUCCCUUAUUAUUACAUUUCUCUUUCUCCAUAUCCACAAUCCGAAGACUCCUCUUGUCGCCGGUCUCAAGGCUAUUGAUUGGGUUGGAUCGAUACUCAUCGUUGGCGCAACUCUCAUGUUCCUGUUGGGCUUGGACUUCGGAGGCGUGACCCAUCCCUUAAAGUCUGCAGUUGUCAUCUGCCUCAUCGUCUUCGGACUUAUGACUUAUGCGGUUUUCGGGAUAUGCGAACGCUUUGCCAAAUAUCCAAAUAUCCCUCGCCGUAUCUUCGGAAACGUGUCACUCAUCUACACAUUUGCCGUUGUUUUCUGUCACGGCGCUUGCUUUAUCGCACCUGUCUUCUUCCUUCCGCUAUACUUUCAAAGUGUCCUUGGAGCUACACCAAUUCUUUCCGGUGUCUGGCUACUCCCUCUCGCGGUUUCAUUCAAGGCCUCUGGAAUCAUCAUGGGCAUUCUAAUUCAACGCACCGGACAAUAUCUGUGGGUUAUUCGGGGAACAAUGGCACUUCUGACUCUGGCGCUUGGCAUCAUGAUUACCUUCGGCCCUACUCGCAGCAGUUUUCACUGUAGUAUACUAUUGCCUACACUGACUCGCAGUUGGGGCAAAAUCGUCGUCUUUCAAAUCCUGCUUGCGUGGGGAAUUGGCGCUAAUAUGAAAACUCUUGUGAUUUGCGUGCAAGCUCUCGUCGCGCCGGAGGAUAUCGGGGUAGCAACCGGUACUUUGAAUUUUAUCCGAAAUCUUGCUACCGCGAACAGUGUUGUACUUGGUCAGGUGGUCUUUCAGGGCAUUCUCAAACACCACAAGGAAGAAUUGCUCGCAGUUGGUAUACCUGAGGAUAGUGUGUCAGAGCUUCUGAAUGGCGGCGCUAUCGGUGGUUCUAAUAUUGCAAGUACUAUUACCUCAGCACAGAGUUCCGUCUACAGAAGUGUAGUUGCAGAUGCUCUUUCCAAAACGUGGAUUUUGUAUACUUGUAUCUGUUUUCUUGGCUUAGUUAUCUCAUUUGGAAUUCAAAAGAAAGAGCUCAUGACUGUUCAUGAGACAACUAAGACGGGGUUGGAGGCAGAGGAGGAGAAGAGACGGAAAAACUUGGGGGGUAAACCAAAAGAAGAACCUUGA